CCCCUUUCUAUUUAGUUCGGUAUUUGUAGAAAUCUCACCAUACCCUACGCAUAAAGUAAAUUUAGAACUCAUUAGUAUAAAUACUUCAUCAUCAUCAUCAUCAUCUUAGUCUUCAGUCCUCCCAAAUUUGGAUUCGUUGCUCAAAUUGUCUCAUCCAACUUGACAAACUUCUUCGUGUCUCUUUCAUCCUUUUACUUACUUAACAUCCAAUCCAACCACUUCCUUUGAUUUCUCAGUUCCUUUUUAAACCGGUCUAGUCAUCCUAAACCCUUUGGAUGUUCAUUGUCAAACGUCAAACGAAGAAUUUCAUCAUCACCACAUAGAACAUACCAACACUGCAUCCCACUAGUUUAUAAUUUCCUUUUGCCCCUUGAAAACUGCAACUAUUUGUCCUAGUGUAGAUCUCGUUCACCACUUUGCUUCAAAAAGCGUUUGUCUUUGCAACUCAACUUCUCAUCUAUCUUCCACAUCUACAAUCAGUCAACGAUCAACAAACACAUCAACGGAUCCACUUCAAGAAAGAAAGUCAGUCAUGACUAAGAUGUCAGGAGUUAACUUUGAAAACAUGAUCAACUCUCCAACAUCACCAGACUUCCACGGAUUAGAGACCGAGGAUAAGGAUGUGCAAUAUGAAUCUGAUCAAGAUGGAUUCUUCGGCGACUUUUGCUUAAUGUGUGGAAUCAGAUGUCUGGGUGGACACGCUUAUUGUUCUACUUACUGUCAACAAUUCGAAGUGAACUCUUCAGUGGCAUCAACAGCCUCUUCUAUCAUCUCUUUGGGUCAUCAUUCAUCUGCGAUUCCUUCACUUGCACCACUCAUCAACGAUUCUCUUAUGGCCUUACCAUCACCACCAUCAACUGCAUCAUCUGCCUCUUCCACAUCUGAUCAUCCAACUCGUCCUCCUCGAUCAACUCCUAGACCCACUUCUAGACCACCACCAUCUCCAUCCAUCAAGGCCACCCUUGCUGGUCCUUCACUUUCAGAUUCAUCAGUCGCUUUACCUGUCUCUGGUCCUGGUCGUCAUGCAUCGCAUGCCCUUCGUCAAGCUCUAGGUACCUUAUCGGUCUUGAACUCGGAAUCACACUGGGAACCUAUCAGGAGAGCUUCUGUGCCAAUCUCGAGUAACUGGUUGAAGUCCCUUGUGACCUCUCGUAAAGAAAAUGAAGAACCUAGACCAAAGAUGCGAUCAAGAUCAGAAUCCAUUGAAUCAAUCAGUCUCAUGACCUACUGCAUCUGAAACAAACACACCAUCAUUUCAUCCAUCAAUCCAAUUUUUGUCUUUAUCAUUCAGUUCUCAGUUCUCAGUUCUCAGUUCUCAAGCAUGUGAUUUUUUUUUCAAAUCCAAUCAAAAUAGCAAAAAACCUUAAAAUGGACUUGUUCUCUACAUAAUCAAUACACAUUUUCUUCAAUCCUUUGAAGUCUUUAAAGUUUUUCUUAAAAAUAAUCUAGAUGUUUUAGUAAAGAAAAAAAAAUCUCUCUCUCUCUCUCUCUUGUGUUUGAUAUACAUUGUUCUACUGUUUUUUUUCUUAUCAUCUUUUUUCUCUUUAUUUUUGUUUGACUGUUUUUUUCCCUUUUCUUUUUAUUAUAGAUUUCUUUUAUACUAGAACCGAACGAAAAAAAAAACCUAAAAGAUUAAAGGUUAUCAUUUAACAGAUGAAUAAAAUCCGUGUUGAUUUCAUUAAUUUUAUUUUAUUUGAUGUAUAUAGUUUGUUUUUCUUUUUAGUUUAGUUCUCUUUGUGUGUGUGUGUGGCGUGUUUGUUUACUCUUUUUUUUAGUCAAUCAUUAGCAUUUGUUGUUGUUUUUAUCAUUAUCAUCAUCUCUCUUCUCUCAUCAUCAUCAUCACAUUCAUUGAUUGUUUUUUACCUUUCUGUUUGCAAGCAACCAAUUUUUAUAACUGUAUUAGAGUAAACGAAACAGAUAUUUAUGAAAGUAAAUGAGGAAUAUGUAUGAGCUUGGUUAGUGAAGAUCGGUUUAAGAAAUCAG